GCGAAAAGAUACAAAAUAUUAGCAAAAUUCGUUUAAAAAGCACGAUAUGAUAUUCUAAUAAUAAUCCUUUCCCGAGUUUAUCAUCCGGUCGUUGUAGUAUAGUGGUAAGUAUUCCCGCCUGUCACGCGGGUGACCCGGGUUCGAUCCCCGGCAACGGCGUUUACUUUUUAGUUUUCUUUCUCGGAACCGGCAAUCCGAAUCCCGGCUGGUGUGGAGUUCGCCUCACCGGCUUACAAACUCUUACUCUUGCGACCGGGAAACAUAUAUAUGUACAUAAUAUUCUAGAAGUUUUAAACAAGUGAAAUUGCUGCAACGAAAUUCAUUGUAAACAAAAGCCUUUCCAUACACAAAUUCUCCGUCGUUAAGAUUGUUUUUUCUCUGUGUCCUUUCCCUGUGCAGGCAGCCAGGCAUUAUGAUUCGAUUAUUCAAGGUAAAGGAAAAGCAAAAGGAGAUAUCUGAUAAUGGGAAGGCUCCAGUCAAGAAGCAAAGUGCUGGGGAAUUACGUCUUCAUAAAGACAUAAGUGAGUUGAACCUGCCAAAAUCAUGUACCAUAUCCUUCACCAAUGGAAAGGAUGACCUGAUGAACUUUGUGGUCACUGUUAAGCCUGAUGAAGGAUACUAUAAGAAUGGCAAUUUUCAAUUCUCUUUUCAAGUGCCAGAUGUCUAUCCUCAUGAGGCACCAAAAGUCAAGUGCCAAACAAAGGUUUAUCAUCCUAAUAUUGACUUGGAAGGCAAUGUGUGCCUGAACAUUCUUCGAGAAGACUGGAAACCUGUUCUAAAUAUAAACACCAUCAUUUACGGAUUAUUUCAUCUGUUUACGCAACCAAAUCGCGAGGACCCUUUGAAUUCUGAUGCAGCUGCUAUGUUGAGAGAUAAUCCAAGAUUAUUUGAAUCCAAUGUAAAGAAGGCCAUGGCUGGUGGUUUUAUAGGAAAAACUUAUUUUGCUCGCUGCUUGUAGCAUCCAAACUCAAAUUAGUCAAUUUUAUCUACUGCUGUAGAGUUAAAUUUAUUACCAUUUUUCUUGCUGUCAUUCUAAUUCAUUCAACUUUUUCCUUUUCGUAAAAUUCUUGGAAUUUACAGGAAUCUGUUUAUAUAUUUGUCUAUUGAACAUA